UACCUCCUCUCACAUUUCCUCCCCACUACCAGUGCUGUUCUUUUAGAUCCUCACAAUAUGGGUGGUGCAAUACUAUUGGUGGAGAGUAGUCACAUGAUAUGUACAUAUUCAAUAGUGGCGUGAAAUUGGUAGGGAAUAGAGACUGGUGCACUGAACAUCAAAAUGUUUUUAGCAAUGCAUAGAGGGCAGAAAGAAGACUGAGAUAGCUUUGUGUAAGAAGAGCUAAGUACCAAUUGGAAAUACAUUUUCAGUUUAAGAAAAUGCUAACUUUUGAACAAUUAUUGUAUCUUUUCAGUAGUGCCAUUCAGGAUAUUUAUAACAAAUGUUCUUUAGCUACUGAAUACACAACAUGAGAGAUGUGUGGUAAAGUAUAUGAUGAUGAUGCUUAUGUAACAUCACUGUACUUUUAGGAGGUAGAACAAAUGGUUUUAGUUAUGCACCUUAGUGGCCAGUACUGCAAACAAUAAGGCACAGAAUGUACUGCAUGAAAUUUGAGCCAGUAAUCCACAUACAACAUGAGUAUUGACACAAGUACAACAAAAGGCACAAUGUAUGAAACAAAGAAAUCAUUCUUCAAAAAGCAGACUUUUUAUUGUAUGCCAUGUUAAAAAGCCAGACUUAAUAAACAUGGCACGAAGACCAUGUCCUACUAUCUUCACAAGUGGAACUCAUAAUUCUUCUGCUAAAAAAGGAAAGUAUAUAAAGUGCUGUGACUACAGUGCCCUUGUUGAUAAAAGUGAUAGUGCUAAAACUCAUCUUUCAGGCCUGUCUCAGAAUGAGACAGAUUGGACAGAACUUCCCUCCUUGGCUCUAUUGUUGAUAUUUAAACACCUGACAUUGUAUGAAAGAGCAAGAGCUGCUCAGGUGUGUUGCAGUUGGCAAAAAAUUUACCACAUGCCCCAGUUGUGGCAGUCCUUUGAUUUUGUUAUAGCUCACCCUCAGUGGUCUUCUCUCCAGCCCACACCUCCAGCCUUAAUUCACUAUAUUCUCAAACACCAUGCCCAGCACCUUAGGUUUGUUACAUUCAAAGUAGACAGUUGUAGGGAGUCUGCUGAAACUGCAUGCCAAAUUCUAUCCCAACUGGUACAUUGCUCCUUAAAAACUCUUCAGUUGAUGUCAUCUGCUAAACCGUCCUUCCUUCAGCUGGAUCCCAGUCAGUUUGUCUCUGCCUUGACAUUAGUCAUUGACAAGUGCCAUUCCCUAUCUUCCCUAGCUAUUGAAGAGACUCCUGUUGAUGAUCCAUCAUUACAACUCUUGGCCACUAACAGCAGCAAUUCUUUGGAAUUCCUUGAGAUGAAGAGCUGUCCCCGAGUUUCUGCCAGAGGUAUCCAGGCUGUUGCUGACCACUGUCAUCGGCUUUGUGAACUUUCACUCAAUUAUCAUCUUCUAAAUGAUGAUCUCCUGCUGGCACUUUCAACUGAAGAACAUGCUAUUCUUAAAUUUCUUCGAGUUGAAAUAUCCUCAGAAGAAGAUGUACAGGCUUUAUCAGUUCAUCACAUAGCUCCAGAAAGUUGGGAAGGUUUAAUUAACCACUCACCGGCCAUGGCCUUGGUUAUGUAUGUUUUUGUAAGCCAGGACGAUAAUCUUGGUGAGUUUUUUGGCAGUAUUAUCCCCGUAACACAUUUAUAUUUUGGAAAUCAUAUGCCAAAAGUCACACUGGGGAAGGUUGCACAGAACUGUCCUAGACUCACAGAAUUAGUCAUUAACUCCAAUGGAAAUUCCUUAAUAGACAAUGAGAUUGUAGCAGUAGCAAAGAAUUGUAAAAAGCUAAGCUCUCUUGGACUUGGCAUCAGUGAACUGUCCUGUUCAGCUCUUGUUCAACUUGCCAAAAUUUGUGGACCUCGGUUAAAAGAAUUGUAUGUAAUGGAAGAGUCCCUUGUUGAAGAUGAGCACUAUGACAUAACUCAUGCUGCAGCUGAAAUUUCAAGGUGCAUAGGCCAGGACUGGGGCCCAGAUGUCAUGCCUGUGUGGUGAUUUUGCACUAAAUGAUAACUGUGCUGAAGUUCAGACUUCAUAUGCCUUUGUGGGAAAAUUAUAUUCACGUGUCACUAGAUAUCGGACCUCAAUGUCAUACAUGUAUUUAUGUGAGAAUAUUAUGUUACCACAACUGGGAACCACAUGUAGUCCAUGUGUAGUAUUAUUGUCUCAACAUGUAUAAUCACAGGAAUAAACAACAUGGUUAUUAAAUAUUUAAAUAAUGAAAGACAGAGAGAAUAGACUAGGGCUUAAGUAUAUGUUUGACAGGUUUGUAGAGAAGCUGUAGUUGAUAGAAGCUACAUUUAGAUCUGGAAUAGUUCAAAGCUAGAAAUGGAAUAUUCUGUUGCUGGGUAAGGUGUAUUAAAAGGGAUUUCAACUGAUAUGUAUCUUAGUAUUGUUGUUUCAUUUCUUUUAUCAACAUUUGUUUAGGAGUGGAAUGUGGACAUCAUUUUCAUUUAGCAAGCAUGUAGAUGUAUACCUUGAAGUAAGUUAGAAAUAUUGAAUGUGCUUUUAGCUUUCUUUAAGAAUUACUGGUGAUAACUCCUAAACAUAUUUAUUUAAUGUUCUAGAGAUCUAUUCAACAUAUAAGUAUGAAAAAACAGUCCUUCUGGUUUCAUAACUGAAGAAUGAAGAAGACUAAAUUAGAUUAUUUAAUGAGCAUGACAUUUCAUAAGCUUGUACCAAAGCUACUGGUGUGACAAAAAUGUCUAUUAUAUUUCAAUAAAUAUUACAUCAUGUAUUAGAGGAGCUUUAGGAUGAAUAUUUGAAGUUUUAUCUGCCUGUAAUACAGGAGGGGGAGAAUGUUUUAGUCUCUGCAUUGAGGCCUUCAUCAGGUCUACAAUGAAGAUCUCAGCACAGUGAUCAAAAUAUUUUCCACUUCUACAGUCCAGUUCAUAAUAAUUACAAGUCUAAUUUAGCCAUCAUUAUGUAAAUAAAAAAAAUUUAAACUAAAUUUGGUAGUCAACACAGUUUCUGCUUACUGAUGGUGUACUUUAGUUUUGUAUAAUUCUUUAUACUGUGAGCAGCAUUUUGUUUGCUCGUGUUUGAAAUGAUGCAGCUUAAACAUUUUACCAUAAAUUAAAGUAUAAUUUUUAAAGUUUUUAGCAUUUGACGUUCUUCAUACAUUCAGGAGGUUUAGAAGGAUCAUUCUAAGUUUAGAUAAAGGGUUUUACUGGCUCAAAUAUUAGGAUUUUCUGACAUAAAUUCAGAUUAAUAUCAUAAUAAAAUAUUAGAUGAGAUACUGCAGGAAAUAAAAUUGAUGAUACACAAAAAGUAUAGUGUGAGGAAUUGGAAUUUAUUUUGUGAAUAAAACCUUGGUUCCUAAACAGAAACAACCUUAAUUCUGUUAUUACUAAUGUGAUGAGUAUUUAAUUUAUGUGCAUGUUUGCAUAGGAAAUGUAUAUUUGUAUUAUAAAAUUAGACAUUACUGAAAGUUAUGUAAAUUAUAUAUUUUUAUUCACUUAUAAGCACAUUUUUCAGUGUAUUAGAUAUUACAAAAUUGUUAACAUGUCCAUGAAAAUUUUUUUUUUACCCAAAAGAAACACCUGAAUGGUUUUAUGCUUAAAAUUUUAAAGUCAGAUGUCUGCAAUGAACGUAGGCCAACUAGUAUUUCCAGGUUCUGUGACUUUGAUAUGGAUGGUUGUGUGUAUUUAUGUAAAUUUAUAAGCAGUGUUCAAGAUUAAUACUCAUUCUUUGGUCCAAGAAUAGUGAAAAUAGCUGUAAAGUAAUUUUUUUAAAGCACUUACAUAUAUUACCAAGUGAAGCUUGUGAGAAACCAAAGGAGAUACUUAACAAAGGCCUGUAGCAAAUGACAUGCUAUUUCACCUUUAAUAUUCCAUUACCUUGAUAUAACAGACCACAUGAGAGAAUUUUUAUGGUAAAAAGUAGAUCAAGAGAGUAAAACUUGAGAGAAGUGGUAUUCUUAUGAGUAAAACCAACUUAGGAGAGUAAAACAUAAAAGAUGUGGUAUUUUUGUGAUAAAAAGCAGUUUAGCAGAGUAAAUGUGAGAGAUAUGAAAAUUCUUUCAUGCCAUGUUAUCAGAUCCAUUUCACAUUAGUUUCUGAACCUAAGUGAGAGGGGCUGUCAGUGAAUGUGGGCACAUACAAGUUUUUGGUUUUAUUAACUCCUGGCUUAGAAGCAUUGCUUCUAUAUAUCCACAAGUGGCACUCGGUUAAUAAGAGAAAGUAAACACACCUGCAGAUAAUAAGCAUUAAUAAAAGUGAAGUAAUGUGUUUAUAUGUAGAAAGUUGUUCAGUGAAAAAAAAAGUAAUUUAUGUAUUAUCUGAAAGCUUUAAAAAUUAUCAGGUAAUCCAAAAGUUUGAAAACAGUAGAUAAAACUUAGAAUUCCAAGACAAUACCUUGCCUCUACUCACAGAAUGCAUCUGCCUGUGAAAUUUGCAUGCCACUAGCCUUGAGGUAAUUCCCACCUAAAAUUCAUAUGUUUAUUGUGAACUGUGCAGGUGCAUCAUGACAUCAUGCUACAAAAGCCCUCCAUCAACAGGAGAGCGACAUAACCUCAGUUCACAGUAACUCCCCUUAAGUACUUGCACUCGAAAUAACUUAGUUUUUUUCCUCAGCUUGGCCUUAUAUAGAUAUAUUUUGAUUUUUCAGUCUCAGCUCAAUUAGCUGAAACUUGCAUUUGUACAAAGAACUUAGGUUUAAUUCUACCUUAGCCUUUGUUUCAAAAGCAUUGAAGAUUAUUACAAGUUCUCAAAUGACUGUGACUUCGACUUUUUUCUAUGAGGAUGAUGAAGUUAUAAACACAGGAGCUGUUUCUACUAUGGCUUCUGGAGGCUUGUUGACUGCUAUGGACAUUAUAGCUAUUAUGCAGCAUGUUGUGGAUUUCUUCAUGCAUACUAGGCCUUCCUCUCUUGUUCCUUCUGCUGACACCAUUUCACCUCAGUUUGGGUAUGACCAAGAAGAUGACAAAUUUGACCAACUAUUCCCACCACUUGGGUUUGCUUUGGGUACCACCUUACUGGUCGAGGAAAAUCCUGGCCCUUCCAGUCUUUUUCAGGAUAUGAGUUCUCAGGUAUGUUCCUUCUUUUCUCUUUUGCCUGUGUCCUUUGAUUCUUCCUGUUCUUUACUCCAUGAAACCAAUUCUCGAGAUUACUUUGUCUUUCCUCCUUCACCUGAUAUUAGGGUUCAUGCUGAUUCCUUUGUCAACCAACUCUGCACCUAUAAUCACAUGCCUUGUCCUCCUCACUUUUUUGACUCUUUUUGUCUUAGCUUGUGUCCAUUCUUUUUCUAGAUUCUCAAUCUUUGGAAUAUGUUUUGCAUGCUUGGGGAGCAAACCCCUUGUCUUCUGUUUCACUCUCUAGUACCCAGUUUCAUGUCUUUGUCUUUUUCUCACCAUCAUCCUGUGUUACCUUCGCUCCCUCCCUCCAUUUUAUGUCUGAGGCACUUCAUUGCACCCCAGAGGAGUUUUCUGGAGAGAUUUGUUCCAUUCUGUUUACUACCUUGGCCCAUACUGCUUCUGCUCUGUCCCUCCUUAUUUGAUUCUUCUGUUGUUGAGACUUGUUGGUUUGGAGUGUGCACCUCAUUAAUGUCUGCCUUCCUCCUCCUUACUUAAGGGAGCUUUUCCGGGCUCCCUUUGUUUGCCUGGAACUAUUUGGUGAUAUUCCUGAUUCAUAGUUCAUGUUAAAUAUGUGUAUUUUAGCUCAAGGUAUGCAAAUUUCAUAGGCAGACGCACAAGGGAUAUGGCAAUUCUGUGUUGGGAGGAAAUACAUUUUCAGAUUAGGAAAAUGUUAAUAUUAGAAAAUGCCAAUUAAAGUUUAUACAAGAAGAAAUACUAUCAUAAGGUGAUAGCAUACAAUGCAGUCUUUUGUAGUGAAUAUCAACCUAUAAGCACUUCAGAAAACAAUUUUAUAGAUAGUGAGGUAAUAGUUAUUUUUCUUAUGAAAAUUUAUUUGUACUCUUAGAAACUGUGUGUAAUAAUUUUUCAACUUUAAGGAAUGAAUUACAGUAGGAAAAGCUUUACUAAUGGUCAAAAUUUGUAAAAUGGAUGAAUUUAUGUUCAUUGAAUACAGUUAAUGAUUUGUAAUUUCAUGAAAAAUUUAGUUCAUAAGGAAAUAUGUGUAUAAUGAUAUUAAAAUGCUAGAAGUUACUGUCUGUAUACAUAAAUAUACUUUUGGUGUUAAUGGCUAGGUUUAGCGUUUACAGCAGAAGUCAGUCCCAUUGGGGGUGAGCUUAUAUGUGAACUAGUAAAAUUAUGAAGUUGUUCUUUUAAACUAGUAACUUAUACAACUUGUGUGUGUGUUUUAUUUUAUUCAGUUUAUUUUAAAGUAAUAAACUUCUGUUAAUGAA